GAGAGUGAUAGGAAUAAUAUGUGCUUCAGUAAGGUUGGUUUCUUUAGCGUUCAUAGCCAUGGUUAUCAACUGUACUGCAGAAAUUGAACGUAAAUCACAGAACAUAAAUGUUGUGGUAGCAGCUGCAGAGAAGUAUUUGGGUGUACGAGAUUUUACUGCAGAAGAGUUAAGUGUGUUUAAUUAGUGUCCUGUCCUCACAGGCUGCCAUCCUGGUGUAGGAUCAGAUAGGGCCAAGUAGUGGAAGGUCGUAAUGGGUGUAGGUUUCUUCCCUUUUCCCCGUCCCUUUUCCUAACCUUUUUGUUUCACAGUGUAAUGCAUGUACAUUCCAGAACAGUAGGUGGAAACACAAGGCUAGAUAAGAGAAAUAGAUGAGUAAGGAGGCCGACCGACCUUGAACUCCACUACAGUAGGUGGCAGUGUAUGCACCUUUCAGUCGGUUGCGAUCCGCCAAUACAGAUUUAAAGAAGAAUUGCACUAAUUUCUAUUUUUACACCAGCGCUACGCUGUUUUUGUGUUAUGAUCAAUUAAUAUUUAAAGGAAAUAAUCAUUUAACAGAACAGAAAAAAGUUACCGUGAUGUAUUCCGUGGGCCAAAUCAUGUAAAAGACUGGUGAAAUCAAUACCCAAGCGGUGGCGCUGCAUUUGAGUGACGUCAUGCUACUACUGCAACAUGACUGGAACAGACGAAGAGGAAGAGAAAAUCCAUUGCGUUGAUUGCGUGACUGCGGACGUUGAUUCGAGGAGCAGAAGCAGCACCGCUCGUUCCAACCCUGUUUACAUUGAUAUCUCAGGUGAAAACAACACAUAACUGCCCAAAUAUCUGCGGCCAUGGAGUCGCAUGUCAAAGAGGAACUCAAGGGACCCGUGUUGCAUAUCGUGGUGGUCGGAUUUCACCACAAGAAAGGCUGUCAGGUGGAAUACUCCUACCCUCCACUCAUCCCUGAGGAGGGCCAUGACAGCAGCAACCUGCCCGAGGAGUGGAAGUACCUGCCUUUCCUAGCCCUGCCUGACGGGGCACACAACUACCAAGAAGACACCGUGUACUUUCACCUCCCUCCUUUCAGUGGAGCAGAUAUGAAGUGUGUGUAUGGAGUCUCCUGCUAUCGCCAAAUAGAGGCUAAGUCCCUGAAGGUCCGACUGGCUGACGUCACCAGGGAGACGGUCCAGAAGAGCGUGUGUGUCCUCAGUCGAGUGCCUCUGUACGGUCUUCUCCAAGCUAAACUACAGCUCAUCACACACGCCUACUUUGAGGAGAAAGACUUCUCACAGAUAUCCAUAUUGAAAGAAUUGUAUGAACACAUGAACGGUUCUCUGAGAGGAACAGCUCUGGAGGGUUCACAAGUGUUCCUGGGUAUGUCACCAAGAGAUUUAAUACUGCACUUUCGACACAAGGUUCUUAUUCUCUUCAAACUGAUUCUGCUGGAGAAGAAGGUGCUGUUCUACGUAUCUCCAGUCAACAGACUGGUAGAAGCUCUAAUGACUGUACUGUCACUGUUCCCAGGCAUGAUAGAACACGGCCUGGCCGACUCGUCCCACUACCAGCCCAAGAGCAGUGUCUCAGACGACAUCAGCCUGCUGGAGUGUGUGUCAGGGGCUGAGGAGUUUGUCUCCGUCUCUGUCACUGACAUCACCAAUGCUACCCUGGAGCUGGUAGGGGAGGAGGGUUUCGGUGAGAACCAGACUACCACCACGGAGGCCUCGCAGCGGAUAGCCCCCCCAGACACCUCCAUCCCAGCUGGGGCAAGCACAAACCUCAAGCCCACCUCCCGUACCUCCCCAGACUCGUCAGAGAGCGACUGGGAGACACUGGACCCUAGCGUGCUGGAGGACAUUCCAAAAGACUCUGAGACAGGGGGUUUCGGUUUGGGCGUGGAGCACCCAGACACGUUUGACCCAGAGCCAGGUGUCCCCAUCACAGUUCAGCCCCAGGGCCAGUCAGCAGGGCAAGGGGGGCAGGUGGCUGUCACUCAGGGCCUAGUGUCAGGCCUGGAGGAGGACCAGUACGGACUGCCACUUGCCAUCUUCACCAAGGGUUACCUGUGCCUGCCCUACAUGGCCUUGCAGCAGCACCACCUGCUGUCAGACGUGACGGUGCGUGGGUUUGUCGCUGGGGCAACCAACAUUCUCUUCCGUCAGCAGAGGCACCUGAGUGACGCUAUCGUUGACGUGGAGGAGGCUAAGAUCCAGAUCGGGGACCCAGAGUUGAGGAAGCUGCUGGGCCUGACCACGGCUGACCUGCGUUUCGCCGACUACCUGGUCAAACACGUCACGGAGAACCGCGAGGACAUCUUUCUGGAUGGGACAGGCUGGGAGGGAGGGGACGAAUGGAUUAGGGCCCAGUUUGGACUUUACGUCCAUUCUCUCCUGUCCUCUACCUUACAAGAAGACAAUGAGAAGUUGCUAGCGGACUGGGGCACGCCCUUCAUCUCAGCCUGGAGGAUCACACACAACUACAGAGUGUGGUUCAGCAACAAACACCCAGCCAUGGCCAAGAUCACCCCAGGCCAUCCGUUCCAAGGGCAGUACAGUGCUGCUGAUCUGAAAUUAAGAUUCUCACACUCGGUGCAGAACAGCGAACGGGGGAAGAAAAUUGGAGCAGCUGUGAUCACCACUAGUCGAAGUGUCGUGCAGACCGGGAAGGCAGUAGGUCAGUCGGUGGGUGGAGUGUUAACCAGUGCUAAGUCAGCCAUGUCGUCCUGGUUCUCUACGUUGGCCCAGCCUGCUAUUUUAGCCACUCCCGCAGCCUCCCCUGAGCCUCAGUCACCUACCGAGCCUUGACCACCUACCUGCUGCCUGCCUCCUAACCUAGCCUUAGCCUCUGUCACGGGCUUUAGCCAACAUGAGUUAAGCCUAGGAGCUGAGGAUACCCUAACCUAACCCCCUCCAACGGUCCUUCCCCGAGUGUCUCUCAAUUCAUCUUUCCUUGAUUCCCUGCAUCCUUUCUCCUGAGCUCCUUCUCAAAGCCUAUUGGAGAAGGUCAGAGGGGAGGGAUCUUGGACAGUGACCUCUAAUACAGUUGAGGCGGCGAGGAGACAGGAUGCGACGUGACACACUCCUCCUCUCCCUUUCAGAACCAGCUAGUUACAGAAGGAACCGGGGUCAGGUGGGCAGGAUAGGUUGAUUUUUGCGUGUUUGGGGAAAGGUUUUAUUUUAUGAAGGAUUUGUUUCAGGCCUCUGAUGGGAUACCGCGAUACAGCAGAGGGAUCUAGGUCUUUGUUUGUAAAUGAUUCCCUAUGUAGUUCACAACUUUUGACCAGGGCCCAUAAGGUACUGGUGAUAAGUAGUGCACUAGGAAUAGAUGCCAUUUAGGACAUAACCCUGGUCUGCAGUACCCUCUCCCCUCCAUCCCCAGGUUACAACUGCUCCAGCAUGGAGGACAGACGAGAGGAAUAGCCACUUGUGCUAAACAGACCGACAGAAAUAUGCUCAGAGCUUCAGAUUUGUGUGUUUUUCUCUGUGUGGUGGAAGACCUUUUGUGUUUUAUCCAAACUGUAUUCCAACAAGGUGUAUACUGUAUAUACUAUACUGACAGUGUGAAACCAGUGCAUUGCUGGCUGGAAGCUGUGUUACAGUAAAUGAGUAAGAUGCUGGGCCAGAGCAAGUUAUUCUCGGUUUACUGGCAGGACAGACAACCUAUGUGCGUGUCCCAAAUGGAACCCUUACCAUAGUGCACUACUUUUGACCGGUCCCUAGUCUAUAGUAGUGCACUAUAAAGAGAAGAGGGUGCCAUUUGAAACAUGUUUGUCAUUCCUUCAGGUUAAGAAAACUGCUUUUUAUCUUUUUCCUCAUGUCCGCACUAUACACGUAAUAACUUUUAUAAAGAUGGUUGGAGUAUGGGAUAAAACUAAUUUAUUACUUGUAUAUAAGUGAUUUCCCUCUGUCUCGACACGACUGGAACCAAUCUCUAACUGAUCUAUGGCUCUCUAUCGUGCAUCUGAAAUGGCACCCUAUUCCCUAUAGGUCACUACUUUUGACUAAGGCUCUUUAAACCUAUUCCCUAGAAAGUGCACUACUUUAGCCUAUACUUGUUCCCCCCAACUGUUUGUAUUGAAGUUGUUGGAUUAGUUUAACAUUUAGGCACAGAUCCAUAUUUAGAAAAUAAGUGUAUAUAUAUUUAUCUUUGAUAGGCAUGAUCUUUGAGAUCUGGGACUGUAUCCACUAAAAGUGCUGAUCUAGGAUCCCAUAUAACCUUAUCAAUUACGAUCUAAAAGGCCAAACUGAUCCUAAAUCAGCACUCGACUCAGACGUUUAGACAUGGGCCCAGGUCCAGUUUUUAAACUGUAAUAACAUCUUUGCCGGCUGUCUGAACCAUCAUCUCCUUGAUUUCCUGUCUUGACUUUUAAACUAAAGUCUAUGCUUCAUUUGUUGAACUCUGAAAAUCACAUUAAGUAUGCAAUUUUUUUUUCACCUGACAGUGUUUCGAAAAUAUUCUAAAUUGUGAAGUUAAUUUAUGCUGCAUUAAAUAUAAAAGACAUGCAAAUCUA